AUGAAUGGCGCUAAUACAGUGCGAGUCAUGAUCGGAGCGAUUUGGCCAUCAUUCUUGAGGCUCGAGAACCACAUCCCAGAAUCGCAAGGCAUCGACGAUGCUACCAUGAUCAGCUUCUUUCUCUUCUGGCUCGCACAGGUCCCGUUUCUCUGUAUGCACCCAAAUCAGCUCCGAUUGUUGUUCAUGGCAAAGUCGAUCAUUGUGCCUGCAGCUUGGGUCGCGAUCAUGAUUUGGGCGUUCGCAACCACUAGCGGCGGAGAGAUAUUUGAUCAGGAGCCACAGGUAUCUGGAAGCGCGUAUUCAUGGGCCUUUUUGUCUUCUAUGACGUCGGUCAUCGGGAACUACGCAACGCUGUCUGUCAACCAAUCAGACUUUUCACGGUACUCUCGUGUCAGUGUCAAGUGGCAGUGCAUAUACGUGCCCAUGCUGCCGAUCUUCUUCGUCUUCAUCUCGUUCAUCGGCAUUGUUUCGUCCUCGGCAGGAGCGGCACACUAUGGCACCCUCGAAUGGGAUCCCAUGGCGCUCGUGGGGCACUGGGACAGUCGGGCGGCACGCUUCUUUGCCGCAUUCUCCUUCGCACUGGCUGCACUGGGCGUCAACAUCUCGGCGAACAGCUUGAGCGCGGCAAACGACUUGAUGGCACUUAUGCCACGUUUCAUCAACAUCAGACGCGGGCAGCUCCUCACCGCAGUCCUCUGCUGGGCACUGGUGCCUUGGAAGAUCUUGGCUUCGGCGGGCAGCUUCUUAAACUUCAUGGCGGCUUAUGCGAUUUUUCUGGGGCCCAUUGCAGCCAUUAUGCUGUUCGAUUUUUGGGUAGUCCACAAACGCAAGUAUGACACCGUGGAGUUAUACAACCCGCACGGAAUUUAUCGCUACACCGGCGGCGUCAACUGGCGAGCAAUUGUGGCAUUCCUUUGCGGUGUAGCUCCCAGUUUGCCAGGCUUUAUCAACGGCAUCAACAACAACAUUGAAGUAGGAGUCGGCAUCCAUCCUUACCAAUUUGGGUGGCUGCUUGGCUUUGUUGGGUCCGCAUUGGUGUAUACAGCUCUGUCACUGCUGUUGCCGGCCAGGGAGACCUUUAUAGAGCGCGCUGUGCGGCCUGACGAAGUAUUUGCCCGACAGGGUGAGAUCGUCGGAGAUAGUGGCAGUGGUAGCGGGAUGGAGGAGGGAAGGGCUGCGGAGAAGGUUGGCUUUCGACAUAAGGUGGAGCAAAAGUUUGAGAGGUUUCUGUAG